AUGUUAUUCAAACAACCCAUCCUCGUCGCUACUGCUCUCACAACUCUUGCGGUCGCCACUCCGGCGGUGAUGCGUCGGACUGAGCCGGCCAGCUCGUGCUCUACUGGCCCUGUUAACUGCUGUAACAGCAGCGGCACCGCCAAGGACGGAAAUAUCGCUAAGGAGCUUGCUCUCCUCGGCAUCGUGGUUCCAGAUAUCAAUGCCUUGAUUGGCGUCUCCUGCAGCCCCAUCACCGUCAUUGGUGCUGGAGGUGCCAGUUGCUCUUCCCAGACUCUCUGCUGCGAGGAUAACAAAUACAACGGAAUUGUUGCGCUGGGGUGCAUCCCUGUUGACAUCAGCCUUUGA